GCUUGGGGUCAAAUACCGCCCCUCUGCAUCUGCCAGGUUCACCUCCCAGACUGCAGUGCUUUUGUCCUGGGAAAGUUGAGGAGGGACCCCUGAGUGGAUGAGAUAUUUAGGAGUUCCAAGGAAUAACCCAAGUCGCCUUUCCUGGAAAUCAGUUUGCUGAAGCUAUUGAAGCAGCAGCUCUUGAAGUUGAAGAAAAGGACAGGGCCUAGCACAUCGAGGCUGCCCUGUAUUUGGGGAAUCAGUGACUGCUCAGGUGGAUCUGUCAGUGCAUCAGUCUGUACAUUCACAGUUGAGCAGUGCCUGGUGGGCUGGGAGGGUUGUUUGCUUCAGGUCAACUGGUGAGAGCAAACUGCUGCGCUUGAGGUUGCUGGUAGAAGGAAAGUUAAGGCCUGAGAGACGAAGUACCCUGCCCAAAGUCAAAUAACUGGACGUGGCAGAGCUGUGGCUCAAACUUGGUUUCAGACCCAUGUUCUUACCUCUGCGCCUGGCUGUUUCCCUCGUGGGGUCUAACACCGAGCAUCUGUGUCCUAGCCAGAGGAGCGUGGUCCUUCCUCCAAAGCCCUGUCCAGACGCACCCUCCAGGCGUCCCCCAGGAAAGAUGCGGCAGCUCAAGGGGAAGCCCAAGAAGGAGACGUCCAAGGACAAGAAGGAGCGGAAGCAGGCCAUGCAGGAGGCCCGGCAGCAGAUCACCACGGUGGUGCUGCCCACGCUGGCCGUGGUCGUGUUCCUGAUCGUGGUGUUCGUGUACGUGGCCACGCGCCCCACCGUCACCGAGUGAGGGGCCUCCCCCGGGCGAGGAGGCUCGGGAGGGGAGAGCAGCAGAGUGGCUUCCAUCCGCAGAUUUUCCUGACGCUGAGCUCCGAGCAGGAGCGCCCUGUCUUCUCUGGUCUGUGACUUGAUUAAAGUUUCUCCACGUUUCUUGGGAGGGAAUAGGGAACCUUUUAUCAGUGAGCGUGCCAUACACCUUACGGUCCACUUCAUGUGCCUUUCAGACUUCAAAGCCGUGUGUGUGUUUCUUUUUCUCUCCUACAAUCGAUACGUAGCUCACCUGGUGAGAGGCGGAUUCUCUGGGUCGCGAAUCGGUUGGAAUCAGUGCUCACCCCACCCCUGUUGUUUUGAACAUGACUCUUUCCUACCCGUGUUCACUAUUUCCAAAGGGACUGAAUUUCUUCUCUGUGCUUAAUGUGAUUUGAAAACUGUCGACUCAAAAGUGAAAUAUUUAUUUUUUGAAUAAAGGAGAUAAUAGCCUUAAA